AUAAAUCAUUGAAACGAUUUUUACAAGAUGAUUUCCUUCGACAAUUUCUUGUACGAUUCGUUUUAUGUAGCGCACUUUUGAAAGCACAUAAAAGUUUUCAAGAUGAAAAGCAUUUUCCUUCAUCAUGUCCAUCAUUGCCUUAUACCCUAUUUGAUUCACCCAAUUUACUAGCCAAACUGAGACAAAUUACAAUAGAAGCCCAUGUUGAAUCAUUGUAUUCAUUCCCUACACUAGUAGUUGAAGUAAUAGUGUGA